AUGCCAUCGAACAAGCCGAAGGCGCCGGCGCCCGCGUGCGCCGAUCCAUCGGCACUCCCAAACUGCGCAACUUCUCCCCUUCCUGAUGCUCGACCACUUCACCAUCGGCAAGGGCGCCGGAUUCCCCGACCACCACCGCACCGCGGCCAAGAAACCAUCACCUAUCUCCUCUCCGGUGGCGUCGACCAUGAAGAUUUCGCCGGAAACCGCGGCACCAUCGGACCGGGCGAUCUGCAAUUCAUGACCGCUGGCAAGGGCAUCAUGCACGCGGAGAUGCCGCACGAGAACGAGGACGGAUCACCCAACGUGGGCAUGCAAUUGUGGGUGGAUCUGCCGCGGGAAUUGAAGAUGUGUGAGCCGCGGUAUCGGGAUCUACGGGCGACGGAGAUUCCCGUCGUCAAGACGGACGAGGACCGCGUGACGAUCAAGGUGAUUUCGGGCCAGUCGCAUGGGGUGGACUCGGUGCGGGAUCUGGCGUAUACGCCAGUGUGGUUGUUGGAUGUGACGAUUCUGGGCGGACGGUUUGGAGAUGGGGAUGCGGAUCGAGUGGAGGGGGGUCAGACCAAGAUCGUGGAGGAGUUUCACAAUGUUGUCUUUGCGCAGGAAGGGGAUACGGUCGAGGCGUCUGUGCCUGCGAAUGAGGCGCGAGGCGCGGGUUGUUCGGCUGUGGUGGCCGGACAGCCGUUGGAUCAAAAGGUGGUGCAGUAUGGGCCGUUUGUGUUGAACAGUCAGGAAGAGGUGUAUCAGGCCAUGUUGGAUUAUCAGACCGCGUCGAAUGGGUUUGAAAAAUCAAGGAAUUGGCAGAGUGAGAUUGGUAAGAGAAUGGCAUUUUGA